AGUGAGAGAUAUUAACUGGCAAAAAAAAAAAAAAGAGAAACUGUUUUCUAGCUCUCCAAAGUCUGAGAGCAAAGUCCUGUGUGUGUGUUCAAUCACAUGGUAUUUUAAGAAUGCUCCAAAGAUGGCGGUAGCAACAGCAGUGUUAACAAGCAGCGUGCAAAAAAGUGGGUUUCUGGAAGUUUUAGUUCGCGAUCGGUGGCACAAAGUGUUGGCAAACUUAAAGGAAGAAGCGCUCACGUUGAGCUGCGAGGAUCUUGGGGAGAAUGUCAACUUUAACGGCAUCACCAAUGGAUCUUACGGGAGCAACUCCUCUGGUCACCCUCCCACAAAUAGUCCCAAAACUACAGUGCGGACCGCUUUCACUGAUUUGCCGGAGCAAGUGCCAGAAGCGAUCGCUAACCAGAAAAGAUGCGUGAAGGUCGUGAAGCAGGAGAUCGGAGGGCUGGGGAUCAGCAUCAAAGGGGGAAAGGAGAACAAGAUGCCGAUUCUGAUCAGCAAGAUUUUCAAAAGUCUAGCUGCAGACCAGACCCAGGUUCUGUAUGUAGGGGAUGCUAUCCUGUCUGUGAACGGAGUUAACCUGAGGGACGCCACUCACGAUGAAGCAGUUCAAGCGCUGAAAAGGGCUGGGAAAGAGGUGACACUGGAAGUGAAGUACAUGCGGGAGGCAACUCCCUAUGUGAAGAAAGGAUCUCCAGUCUCUGAAAUUGGAUGGGAGACACCCCCUCCAGAGUCCCCUCGCCUGGGCAGUGUCUCCUCCGAGCCUCCCUCUCCUCCAGCCUUCUCCCUCCACGGAGACAGGCGAUACAUACCACUGAAAAUGUGCUAUGUCACACAGAGUAUGACCAAAUUGGACCCAGAGAACAGGCAGUUUGAACUUCACUCCCCAGAUGCGAGGCACACUGUGGUCCUGAGAUGCAAGGACUCAGCCACAGCACAGGGCUGGUUUAGUGCUGUACAGUCCAACGCCAUUGACUCGGUUGCCAAGGUUAUAGCAGAAGUCAAAGACCAGAUUGGAAGAACUGGAAUCGCUGGGAGUCGAGAAAUACGACAUCUAGGCUGGCUUGCGAAAAAGCUGGAGCAUGAGAAGCAGUGCUGGAAGCCAGUUUUGGUGGUUGUAACUGAGAAAGACCUGCUUCUGUAUGACAGUAUGCCAAGAAUGAAGGAAGCCUGGUACAGCCCUGCUCACACCUACCCUCUGCUGGCUACCAGGCUUGUCCAUUCAGGUCCAGGGAAGGGGUCACCACAGCCAGGAGUGAAACUGUCCUUUGCAACUCGGACAGGCACCAGACAGGGCAUUGAGCCCCAUCUCUUCAGAGCAGAGACCAGCAAGGAGCUGUCUGAGUGGACCAGGCACAUAGUACAGGCCUGCCACAACUCAGCCGAGCUUAUAAAGGAAAUCACCACAAGUUGUACAUAUAAGAACCAAGAAUGCCGUCUGACUAUUCACUACGAGCAAGGGUUCAACGUGUCAGAUGAACUGCAGGAAGGGGCUUUGUUAAAACCCCUUUUUAAUUAUCCUUUUGAGAAAUUGAAAAUGUCCUCGGAUGAUGGCGUGAGGAUGCUUUUCUUAGACUUUGGAGGAAAGGAGGGUGAAAUUCAACUCGAUCUCCACAGUUGUCCGAAGCCCAUCGUUUUUAUUCUACAUUCAUUUCUCUCUGCAAAGAUUGCGCGACUCGGCUUGGUGGCGUAAAGACAGAUUGGCUGCUGAGUGACUGAUCGAAUGUCCCAGAACAGAAUUUCGUAGCUGGUAGCCAUGUACAGUACAUUGGGGAGCAAUACAUCUGCGUUUUGUUUAGUACAGUAGGUGUUACAUCUUAUGCAUGAAUGUGUUACAUCCCCGGCAGCUAUUGUAAAUGGUGAACUGAAGAUUUAAAAAAAAAAAAAAAAAAAAAAAUAGUUGUUAUAAUUUUUGAUUAAACAUUCUUGCCUUAAUGAGUGCAAAUAAUAAUCCUUAUUGUAUUGUACAUCUGAAGGAAGAAACUGACUGUUUUAUCUUUGAUUCACCACCACUGUGCUUUUACAGAUCAUGAAACUGGUGGCUCUUGUCACCUUUGAUUUUAGUUCAACAAUUGUGCUGUUAGCCUCUUAUAUCAGUCAUCACUCAAUCUGACUGUGGGGAAAAAAAGCAAUAUUGAAGUUAGAAUUGUUUCUAUACUAUGGUAAGCAUUCUGAAGAAGACAUUGCAUCCCAUUGUACACUUUAUGAUAACACAUAUCUCAAUUUAAAAGUGUAGAAUAGUUCUCUUCAUCCCAAAGGUGUACUUGCCAGGCUUUUCCAAGACAUUUUUUUUCUUAUUAUACCGUUUUUUAGAUUUAGUACAACCACCCCUAGUUCCCACAACACAUUUCAAUCUUGCAUGUGUUUAGGAGUGUUUAACUGUCUUUACUCAGAUUAACUGAAAGAAGUCACAGGUUCCCACAACAGACACAUUGAAUUUAAGGGAAGUCAAAUUCACUUUAAUGAUACAGCGCUGUCCCAGAGUCUGCACUGUAACAUUAAGAGCGCAGGUUGUCACACAGCUUGGACGGCGCCGCUAAGCAUCCGUGCUGUGCAAAGAGCCUGAAUUUUGCUGGGGACUCAGAAGGGGGCGUCACAUUGGCUCUGACGCUCCCGGUGUGGGGAUGGAAAACCGGCAGGGACUCGUUCUCAUCGCGCAACAGCGAACCCUACUGGCCAGACACCGAGCACAUUCAGAGUGCAUAAAAAGCAGGGCUGAUCUCUGUUCUCUGAGAUCGGUAGCCCGCCCACCUCUGCUCUGGAUUGCUCACCAUAAAAGCGAUUCUGGCUUUAGGCUUGUGAGAUCAGAGGACGCUCACACACCCUCACUGCCAAAUAAAUUCUCCCAGAGCUUUACUAGAAUGUGAGCUAACUGAUCAAAGGCACGCAGUGUACAUAGAUGUCAUCUUUGAAACAUGUACCAUUUUUUCCCCCUUGCUGUCCUUUGUUCAUUGUUUCACUGAUUAAAAAUGGGGGAAAAUAGAUAGAUGAUGUAUUUGCUGCUAUUAGAAAAAUACAAUGAAUUAUGAUAUCAUAAUAAAUGUUAUUCUUGUCUAGUACUGGGCUUCAUGGAUACCAUUGACAUGAAAUACUGAUAUAUACUGUUAUUCUGUUUUGCGGGUGUUUAAAUCUUCAGCUAUUUAAUGGUGACAUGAAUUUUGUAAACAGAAUACUGCAUUCCUCGACCAGCUUUUAUGUUGCUUAUCGCAAGCUAGAAAGUUCUCCCUGUAACUACUUCAAAGAUUCAUUCAAAGAAACUUUUGCAUGUCAUGGGAUCACUGGAUUUCCACUUUACAAUGACUUGCUAAAUUAUUUACAGCAACCAAAUUCCAUUAUGUGGGCUACAAAACUGUAUAAAAAUUUUGCAUAGCAUAAUGCAUUAAAUCAGAUCUGCCAAAAAUUAAAAAACAAUUGCCUUGCUUUCAAAUUGCAAAAAAAUAAUAAAUGCCAAUUUAUAUUGUCAUAGAAGUGCUUCUACUUGCAGAAAGGGCAUUAGUCACAGUUGGUUUUUUGUGCAAACUAUUAUAAGAACACUAAACUGGUGUAUAAAAUAUAUAUAUAUACCCUUUCUCAUGCCCUCCCUUUUGUCAAAAGCAAUUCUAACUUUCAGCAAGCUGCAUUUCAGGGAAUGAGGUCACAAGGUUGAAAUCACAAUGUAAAGAACAUUUGAGAGCAAUGCACUGAAAACUGGAGCUAAAUAAGUUUUGUGUGUUUUAAGUAGAUUUGUAAUAAUAUUCAAUGCACGACUUAUUAUUUUGAACUACCUGUAACCUGUGUCUUUGCUUUGCCAGCAUGGUGGACAGUCAGGAUUGCUUGAUUUGGAGUGGAAAAAAAAGUAUAGGAGGUAUUUUGUUACAGUUGGUAACCUUUUUGUAUACUGCUUCCAGUUUAAUUCAAUACUUUUGAUCAUUUUAAAGCAAAAUGUAUUAAGGGGUCUUCAUAGUCUUUAUCUUUCUAGCUGAACAAACCUCUGUAAUUAAUUAUAUAUGCUAUAUAAAUUAUAUAUAUAUAUAUACACACACACACAUAUAUACAUAUACACAUACACACAGUAUGCAUAUAUAAUAUAUACUUUUUUUUCAAAUAAAUAUUGUAUGAAUGGCAAAACGUUUAAACUACCAACUACAAUGUUAAUGCGUUUAAUUUUAAAAUGUAAAUAAUAGUAUACCUGUGUUCAGUUUUUCUUUUAAUUAUACAUACUGGUUGUUAGCUUUUCAUAAAACAAAUUUAAAACAUUUUAUAAAAAUUCCUUCAAGACAAAACAUUUACAUUAAUAAGGGAGAUAUAUAUUAGCUACCAGCACUUGCAUAGAAUUUCAAAACCCCACUGAGGUUAGGGAAGCAGAAAUCACUCUUAGCCUCUCAAAGCUCAGUUCCAAAUCAACUCAUUGGCAUUGGCAAAGAGGUAAACAGUACAAUUCCAUGAGAGACAUAUUGUUGGACUAAGCGUAUAAACAAUCUGUAAAACAAUUCUUCGUACUACGCAGCAAAAAAAAUAAUUCUUAUGGGUUGAGGAGCCAGAGAUAUUUUAAUUCUCGGCUUUCUGCUCUGUAAUGCACCUAAAAGGACACUAAAAAUGUCACCCUAAAGUCUCAACACUUUAUAUCUCAUCCAUGCAAAGAUAGCUUUGUCUAUUUACAAAUGACACUUGAUAGGAUCAAAAACCAAUGAAAAAAAGUCUGCAGAGACAUAUUUUUUCUUUAUAAUUCCCCUUGGAGUGGGCGCAUUUUGACUUGGUCUUUCCUGGCCGCAGUGACUUGUAUCACAGAAUUGUUUCAAAAUACCUUAAGUGACAUGUUGUUAACAAAAAUUGCACACCUACUGUUCUCUGCUUAAUUGUUUCACUUAGAAAAAAUGGAUGUGCCUUUAACUUUAGUUUACAAUCUACAUAUUGUAAUUAAAAGCACCUGCAAAAAAGAACAAUGUUAGGGAAUUAUAGGCUGCUGUGUUUUUUUUAAAUAUAAAUAGGGCCAAUUUGUUUGUUUGCAAUGUUUAAUCUUUGUCUUUGAUUUGCUCUAAAGAGAACAAAUGUUAUCAUAUUUUCUUUAAAUUUGCAAACUGCUUAAUAUCAGUGAUUGUAUAUAAAAUCAAAUGCUAAAAUAAAAAUACGAUACCAGUUUUA